UCGCAAUCAAAACAAAAUUUUAAGUAAAAAUAUACAAAAAUACCAUUUCUUUUUAAAUACUUUAUACGUUUUUUAAGUUUAGCUAACCAUGGAUGAACUGUGCCAGUUUUUAAACGCCGACUUAUAUUCCUAUAUAAAAGGGAAGCUAAAUAGUUUUCUCUUUGGCUCCGCGACCUUAGAAUCGUGUUCAGAUGAAUCGUUGGCUCUAAAAAGAGUGAAGAAAAACGUGGAAAUGGGGGGCCAAAAGUGUAGAUCCCUAGUGACACAUCCUAGCUAUACAAUCAGGCACCAGUAUCCAGGUCCUUUGGUCACCUACGACGGGGAGGCGCGAUGUGAACCGCGUUUUAUUCGCAUCUCGGACCUGAACUGGAGCACCAUGGAGCUCAUCUUCCAGGCUUAUGGAGACGAUGAAGACGAAAUGGAUGGAAUAUGUGAAGAGGAGCUGGAAAAUAGUUGCGAGCAGAAGGAGGAGCAAAAGUGUAGUAAGUCAAAGAAAAACUUUGGCUGCCAAGCAAAUAUCCCCAUAGCAGACGACUGCACUGAAGUGUAUUUGGAAGACGAGCAAGAGAAGAAGGGUCUAAAAACCAAGCUUUUGUAUUUUUUAAACAAAAUCUUUGCACCUAGAAAGAGUGUGCACAACUGCAGGCAAAGUGGUGGAAAGGAGGAAUGCGACUUAGAAGAUGAUUUGCCUACCGAAGAGGAGCUGCAGGAACUGGAGGAUCAAGCCAGGUGUACCUACGAAACAUACAUCGAAUCUUUUCCCAAUUCGCCAUCCUGGAACAGCCUGAAACCGGCGCAAAAGCUGCGCUUUCAGUGGAAAGCUUUCACAGGAGACGAUCUGAUGGAAACUCCCUACGAAAAUUUCACGUUGAGUUUUGGCAAAAGUUUUCUCAAGACUUUUCCCUUUGCUUCAGCAACCACUGUGAAAACCGAGCAAAGAAUCGCGUGGUGCAACUUGGAUCGCUGCCAGCGCAUGCCCUUCAUGCUGCAGGCUCUACUGUACCAGGUGGCCAGCGGUGCCAUCGAUCCCGAAGAUCACUGUGCUGUUCGUGAGCACUUUCACAAGUUGAGAUAAAGUGAUUCCAUUUCGAUUUCGCCUUUAUACGAACCAGAUGUUGUGGGGCCCGUCUAUUUUGGUGCUGAGCCUCGAAAUUCGCAGCUCUUUUCCCUCGACUUUUGCUCUUGAACCACAUUUGUCGAGAAUAAUGGAUUCCCUACUUUCUGGCCAAGGUCGCCCGCUGACAUGGCAUUGGCACUCGAUUAACAAUUAAGGCAGCAGCACUCAAGGUCGCGCAGAAUUAAGAUGGAAAAUCUCAAUCUGAAAUGAGUAGGGAUGCCCUGGGGAAAACUUGGACUGGGUGCGAAUCAAUUUCCCAUGCGCAUACAUUAGCAAUAAAAAUUUGUAGUACCCCCCUGAAAGAGAAAUAAAUAAAACAAACG